CACAUGAUCGCAGCGAGCGGCUGCGGGGCCGGGAUGGGGCACCGCGACCACAUGUUCAAGGUGCUGGUGGUGGGGGACGCCACGGUGGGGAAGACGUCGCUGGUGCAGCGCUACGCCAACGACAGCUUCAACCGGCACUACAAGUCCACCGUGGGAGUGGAUUUUGCUCUGAAGGUGGUCCAGUGGUCAGAGUCGGAGACAGUGCGACUUCAGCUCUGGGACAUUGCAGGGCAGGAACGCUUCACGUCAAUGACGCGGCUGUACUACAGGGAGGCAUCUGCCUGCAUCAUCAUGUUCGACGUCACCAACGUCAGCACCUUCAGCAACAGCCAGAAGUGGAAGCAGGAUCUGGACAGCAAGCUGACGCUGCCAGAUGGGAACCCUGUGCCCUGCCUGCUGCUGGCUAACAAAUGCGACCUUUCUCCAUGGGCAGUGACGAGAGAAGAAGUGGAUCGCUUCAGCAAAGAAAAUGGCUUUUCUGGCUGGGUGGAGACGUCUGUCAAGGAAAACAAGAACAUUAAUGAGGCCAUGAGAGUCCUGAUCGAAAAGAUGAUGUCCUCGUCCACCCGUGAUGGAAGUUCCCCUGCUUCUGGGAGUGGGGAUUAUAUUAACAUAAAAGAAUCAUCCCCACCAGGCUGGGCUUGCUGUUAGGUGCACUGACUACACCAUCUGCUUGGGUCUAGCAGCAAUGUCUUUUUAUUCUUUUUUGUAUUUUUUAUUUUUUCAAAGCAGCUCUCACUUUUUUUUGUUGUUGUUUUUUUACGUGAUAGCGAACUGUCUUCUCCUUAGUGCAUAUUCAUGCUCGGUAAAGCAUUGCCGCAAUGACUUGGAGUGAGAAGUGGACGGCUGAGAACAGGAUUCCUCUUUCUUCUCAUGUAGCACCAACUGGAAGCUCUGCCGCUGGUAAUAUAGCACAGCCUGUGUUCAAGCACAUGGCUUGGAUUAAUACUUUUUAAAUUUCGAGCACUUAUCUUCAUCUUCUCACAUGUGACGACCUGUCCCGGGCAGGAUGAAGGAUGUGGAAAGUCUAUUUUUAAUAUCGCUGCACCUUUUAUUCCCCACAACCCCCACCCACUAUACACGGUGGCACCACUCCAAAGCGUUACGGUGCCCUUUAUUUCAUGUACACGAUGUUCACGCGGUCUCUCUGUGCCUGCGGAUUCCCAGUGUGGGAUUGCAGCAAACUCCUUACUUCGUGCUGUGGAACUACGUACCUCUGCCGGCACGUCGCGGAGAGACCAACGCACCUCAGCCUUGUCGCCAACUGUCCUUAAGAUGUGAAGCCAGAUGUGGGUUAUGACGCUGUCCCACUUUGUGAGAUGUGUAAAAAUAACCGGUGUGCGAAUUGAGAAUUUAUGCAGCACAGCCCUUACUCACGUGUACACCAACCGGGGGGCUGAGAGCACAGACCUCGACUUUGUGCCAAGAAUUGCCCAGUUGCCUUCUGUUCGUUCAUUCUCGCUCACCCUCUGUCUAGCACAAUCCUACGUAUUCUGUUCUGCUGCCACUUUAUUAGGGCACUGAGAGCUGAAUGAGGAAUAGGUUGUAAACUCCUUUGUAUGACAGAACAACAGUUCUUUUCACUUUUAGAACACCCUGUAUCCUACAAUCUCGAAUAGCUUUGCAAUUGCUGAUGAAUUGCCUUCCCACAAUUAUUCCGUAGCGAUGAGUGAGUUUGGUAGCAGGGAUGGUGCUGGAAACACAGCUCUCUGAAAGCCCACCUGCUGGUUUUAGUGGUCCAAGGGGGAAGCAAAGGAGAAGACUUUGCAGGGCAAAAGGAAAUGAAGAGAACCGCUCCCUACUUGCCUUUUGAUGCCCGCUUUUCCUAGCACGUCCCCCAGGUAUUUGCUGUUGUUGAGAACGGUUCUUGCCAACAACAACAACAAAAAAAUGGCUAAAAGCACACUAGAGGAGUUAUUAGGAACCUCAGUCUGCAAGGCUGCCGUUACGUAGCAUUGUAUGCACUUUAUGUAAGCGUGCUAUGCCAUAGAAUUGUCUUGCCUGGGUUUUGGGUUAGGAUUUAAACAAGUGCUCUUCAAUGUCUUCCCUUCCCUAGCAGUUUAAAUAAGCAGAGUGCUGAGAGAUGAAAAUAUUGCAAGACUUUCCCUUCAGAGCAUAAUUUGAAAACAGGACAAUAAAUCGGUUUGUCCUGAUUCACGCUCAUUUGGGACUGAUUUUCUUUGGCAAGGUAUUCCUGUCUGUCUUUUCUUACCCUAUAUAAUCUAUGGAGGCAGAAGGCAGUGAGAACAGGAACGGAUUACCUUCACUGAGCACAAAAGAAUGCUGAAUUUUUGUUAUCUGGACUUGAGAAGGACGGGAAAACAGUAAGGGCUAUGAAAUUUAGGCCUAAUGUUGUGUUAUGACUAUUUCAUUAGAAGUUAAAGUAGCUGUGGUAGGAUUCUGUUGUGCAAAAAUUGACAAAUAAGGAUUUUUUUAAUCAUCCUAUCAGUAUUUUUAGUCCUCUAUGAAAAAUGGGGGAAAGGGUCUAAUUUUUAAAAAGAUACAUCACGAAGCUGUUAAUAUUCGUGUGUUAUUUAUUGAUUUCUGUACGUGCACCCCGAAGUGUUUGAGCAAAGAGGUCAAGUGUUAGAGCCGCCUUAAUGGAUGAAGAAAUCGAGACAGUGCAAGUCUCUGCCCAGGACCAACCAACUACUCAAGUCAGUAAAAGCUUGGAAAUGAACAGGAAUUUAGUAACAUCGGUUUCACUGGCUUACUUAUACCUUUUGUAUACCGGUUUGUUACAUACCAGUGUCUCUUUAGUAUCUGGACUUCUAAUUUUUUCAUAAGUGCCUCUCAGAAACAAGCAAAAAACCGAAGGAAGAGCUUUUAUGAUUUUAUUAUACAUAAUUUCUGCUGGGCCCAGAGGUUUCCAGUACCAGUGUGUGCCUUGGCGGUUUGUUUGUUGUUUUUUUUUCCCCACACUGCUUGUUAACAUCUUAAUAGACACAGCAGACAAGUAAGUGUAGAAAACCGAGCCUGCACAACAGAAACGGUCGUUACUUGAGAUCGCUACAAAAACCCAGCCAGACAGGAAAACGAUUUUACUGUGCAGAUGUGUGUUUUUUUUCAGUUUGCUCUGUGGCACAUAAGCUACUU